AUGAAGAAAGACCUGCAGAAUUAUCAUGGUAGCUUGAGAAAUUUGAUAAAGAUAAGAGAUGCACAAAUGUUUGUUGACACUCUUGCUAAAAAGAACUCCAUCAAUUCUGGGUUCUAUUUUGACUAUGUUGUUGAUGAAGAGGGUAAGUUGGUACACAUAUUUUGGGCAGAUACUACUUGCAGGAAGAACUACUCACAUUUUGGGGAGUUGAUGUCUUUUGAUGGUACAUACAACACAAACGAGUACAACAUGAAGUUUACACCAUUCACUGGAGUUAACCACCAUGGUAGUUGUGUAUUAUUGGGGGCUGCAUUGAUUCUUGAUGAGACAAUAGAAUCAUAUUUAUGGUUGUUCAAUACAUUCUUGAAAGCAAUGGGAGGGUCAGCACCCAGACUUAUCAUAACCGAUGAAGAUGCUAGCAUGAAGGCGGCCAUUGCCAAAGUGUUCCCAACUACCGUACAUAGAUUAUGCAUGUGGCACAUAUUGAUGAAGUUUCCGGACAAGGUCGGUGCACCGGUGAGGGAGGACAGAGAGUUUUAUAAGCAUUUGAACCAUUUCAUAUAUUCCUCUGAAACAGCUGAGGAGUUUGAGUCAGAAUGGGCUAAAAUGAUUAUGGAUUAUGGAUUGGAAGGCAAUGAAUGGCUAGCUUACCGGUAUCACAUUCGUGCAUCAUGGAUACCAGCUUACUUCAGGGACACAUUCUUGGGUGAAAUUCUUAGAACAACUUCACGGUCAGAGAGUGCUAACUCUUUUUUCAAAUGUUUUAUUGGUUACAAACAUACUUUGGUCGAGUUCUGGGUUCGGUUCGAUACUGCAGUCGAAGAACAACGACAAAAAGAGUUGAUACAAGACAAUGCUAGCUUCCAUACAUUGCCAAUACUGAAGACAGGAUGGCCAAUUGAGAAGCAUGGUAGUGAGGUGCUGACAUAUGAGAUAUUUUUGCAGUUUCAGAAGGAGGUGUUGGCUGCCAGGGACAAUUGCAUGGUUGAUAGCAUGAGCCAAGAUGGUUGUUUCAAAAUAUAUUCCAUAAUUGAUGAAGGACCCAAGGUAAGACAAGUCAACCUUGCGUUAACCACCAUGAGGGCCCACUGCUCUUGCAUGUUAUUUCAAAGACUUGGUUAUCCUUGCCGCCACAUUAUUUGUGUCCUACGAGAUGCAAAAUUGAAUGAACUACCUAGUCACUAUGUGUUGAAAAGGUGGACAAAAAAUUGCAAGCGAGAGAUUGUAUAUGAUGCAGAUGGGAAUUUGCUAGAAGAAAAGGAGAGAGCUUGUGAGGAUACUGAAUUUAAACGGAUGGCUUCAGAGAUGCACAAGGGAAUGGAAGAAAUCUUCCAUCAAGCCGGAGAUUCCAUAGACACCAUGCAUAUUGUCAGAAAUAAAUUUCAAAAGUUUAUGGAUGAAGUCAAACAAGAGAUUCCAGCCAAUCAACGAAGCAAAGCUGAAGAAAUAGAAGGUUUCAUUGGCUGUGAUAUUCCUUCCCAAAUUAACAUAUUGCCACCAAAUGAGAUUCACUCUAGUGGGAGAGUCAAGAGAAUUAAGGGACACUUUGACAAAGGAGGAGGGGACAAGAAAAAGGAGGAUGCUAAGAGAAGGAAAAAUGAGAGGAUUCCACGCUUAUGCGGUUCAUGCAAGGAGCUUGUGCUACAUGAUAAACGUACUUGCCCGAAAAAGAAGACACCUCUGUGA